GGUGCUGAAGGAGCUUCACCUCGUGGGGACCCCAGAGGAGACUGGCGAGCGUGAUGGGAUCGGCAUCUUCCAGCUACAGACCCAAAGUUGUUUACCUGGACAUCGAGGGACGAACCCAAAAGGUGAUUUUCAGCAGGUGUUGCAGCCCCAAUGACAUCCGAGAGUUACUGUGCACCGCGGCUGGGCUGCCUCGGUGUGCAGCCAUCACCCUGCUGGACAAUGAGAACACUAUGGUGUCCAUCGAUCCCACUGUGCCUACCAACUCCGAGAGCUUCCCGUACAGGGUUGUCCCAGUCACAGGAAGCCAACUCUCUGAGAAAGACGAGUUGUUCCAGAACGUUCUGUCACAAGUUGCAGAACAAUUUUCCAGGGCUUUUAAAAUUAACGAGCUGAAGACUGAGGUCACCAACCGAUUGGCCAUGUUAGAGAAGAGAGUGGAAUUGGAGGCGCUGAAGGUUGUGGAGAUAGAGAAGUGUCGCAGUGACAUCAAGAAGCUUCGCGAUGAGAUGACUUUGAGAAACAGCAGUUCCUUGGAUGAUAAGAAGCUGAAUCCACGCCGUGACGUACUGUCCUACCCGAAGUACCUGCUGUCCCAGGAGACCAUCGACGCUCUGAAGAAACCCACCUUCGAUGCCUGGCAAUGGGAAGCCAACGAGAUGCUGAGCUGCCUGGAGCACAUGUACCAUGACCUGGGUCUGGUUAAAGAUUUCAACAUCAACCCCAUCACUCUGAAACGCUGGCUGCUCUGUAUCCAUGACAAUUACCGGCAAAAUCCAUUUCACAACUUUCGCCACUGUUUCUGUGUGACUCAGAUGAUGUACAGUAUGAUCGCCCUGUGCAGCCUGCAGGAGAAGUUCACACAAAUUGAUGUGCUGAUAUUGAUGAGCGCUGCCGUGUGCCAUGACUUGGACCAUCCCGGUUACAACAACACGUAUCAGAUCAAUGCGCGGACGGAGUUGGCUGUGCGCUACAAUGACAUCUCUCCCCUGGAGAAUCAUCACUGUGCCAUCGCCUUCGAGAUCUACUCCCAGCCCGAACGUAAUAUCUUCUCCAACAUCGACAGCGAAGCCUUCAAACAGAUCCGGCAGGGGGUGAUUGCACUGAUCCUGGCCACCGAUAUGGCGAGACACGGUGAGAUUCUCGAUCUCUUCAAACAGAAAGCCGACAACUUUGAUUUCAGCAACGAGGAGCACGUGACCUGUCUGAAGAUGGUGCUGAUUAAAUGCUGUGACAUCUCUAAUGAGGUGAGGCCAAUGGAGGUAGCGGAGCCCUGGGUGGACUGUUUACUGGAGGAGUAUUUCAUUCAGAGUGACCGGGAGAAACUGGAGGGACUGCCUGUGGCUCCGUUCAUGGACCGAGACAAAGUGACCAAACCCACGGCACAGAUUGGAUUCAUCAAGUUCGUGCUGAUCCCGCUGUUCGAGGCAGUGAUGAAGAUCUUCCCUCAGAUAGAAGAGGUGAUGGUUCAGCCUCUGCGUGACUCACGGGAUCGUUACGAGGAGUUAAAGCAGAUUGACGAUGCCAUGAACGAGGUCCAAAAGAAGAAAAAUGAAACGCUGGCUCUUGGGAGCAAAAAGAAGUGAACAGAAACCAUCUGUGUGAGACGCUGCCCGAUGUCACUGUGACAACACUUUAUCUGGAGACUUGUCAUGGGAACAAAUUCCCAAACCGCUCGAGAUCCUGGAUUUGCUGUAUUGAGGCCGGGAUUGGGAUUGGAAUUGGGAUCGUUCGGGCAAGAACCUCACCCAUUGGAUUUGGUGUUUUUUAUAACUUGUGCAACGAUUGUGAGAGAUUUUUACAAAAGCCGACGAGAAGAUAUUACCUCUUUGCCCGGUUUGUGGCGGUGCUUUGAAAGAGGAGUCAGUAAAGUGGGUAGUGGCUGUGUUUGUCCUCCUCCUCGCUGACCCUGGUGUGGGGGUGGGGGAGGGAAUUCACUUGCAAUCUUUUUCCAAUUUGUAUUUUUUUUUAAAUUGAAACUUUGACCUGUGGGGGCAGGGGUUGUGCUCUGUCUAAACUCGGUGCAUUUUUAAGAAUGUUGCUAUUCCAGUUGUAUAAUUCUAUGGCUUUUAACUUGUUACUUGGAGCUCAGUGAUGUUGAGCCUGGCUCUGAGCUGCCGGGAGGGGUAUAUCUUUAGUGGAUCUGCUUCCUGUGACUGUGUCAGGGACAGUCCCCGGGAAAUGUGAGGUCUCACAGAUUGAUUUACAUGAGAAUUCGCAGACUUUCUAAUCCACAAUUUGUUUUAAUUUUCUCCCUCCUCUGCUGUAGUUUAGGGCCAGGGCUGGCUCUUCUCCUCCCCCCCCACCCCUCUUUGUGGGUGAAGAUAAAGCACCAGGAUAUUGGUCAUACAGCGAAGCCCCUGAUGUCCACACACGUUCAACACGGUAAUGGACCUGUGGCUAAUGGAAGCCUUGUCUCAUAGGGCAAAGACCAGCUGUCGCCCUGACCGCUAUGUGGGAGCAUACGCAGGCUGGAGAGCAGGCAGAGCCCUGAACACGGGUUGAGAAGCUCGUUUCGUCUCUCAUUCCUACGUUUUAUUGAUUUAUGUUUUCCUGCCGCAGCUUUGAUUGUUACUGAAUCCAGGGAAGUGGACUGACUGGACCCUGGAGCGGGAAUGUCCAGGCAAUGAGAGCUGACCGAUUGAAAUAUUGAGCUGAAUUUACUUGAUUUAGGAAGGUGUUGUUUAGUGGCUGGUGCAAGCCACGUAUAUUAUAAAUUAUUUGCUUUAUGAGCGGAGGGAAAGCUGCCUUGACCCUCCAUCAUUCUGGGUCAGGAUUCCUCGCUGUGAUCUGAAGCCCAGAAUUCUACCCAGUCUCAGCCUCAGAAAUAUUAUUCAAUUAUAAAAUGGCCAAAAACAAAACUAUUCCAGACACAAGGAGAUUUCCAUGUGUUAGUGACGUAUAUACACAUGUGGAAUACUGUCUAGUUUGGAUACUUUUAACCUAGUUGAUGAUAGGUUAGUAUGUCAGACACCUGGCAGAUUAAAAAAAUGUCAAUUAAUUUGUUGGCCAGUUUUCAAUAACUGUAGAAAAAACAGCUUCAAUAUUGGGUAAAUUUUAGAAUUUUAUCUCUUAAAAUUGAAGGUUUAAAGACGUAAAACAGACAGAUGGGACUGUGGCCCUCUGUCUGACCUCGGUUUCAGAUUUUUUUUGAAAUACGAGACUUUGAUUUUCAGAACAAAAAUCAGAUUAACUUUAUAAAAUAGUAAAAAUAUAAAAAUAAAUUGUGAAUUUUGAACAAUCUUCCAUUUGUUUCCUCAAUUCAGCCAUUUCACCCUCCCCCAGUUAGGAGGAAACCUUACUGCCCUGUGUGAUUAAUGAGGACAAGCGUUCCAGGACGCUACCAGAUUCAUAGAUGCAGUAAAGGGCACUAGCUAAAUGCAAGUUGUUGUUGUUGACUAACUCACCAGGACUAAUUCCUCCUCUGAAGCUCGAGGAUUCCCCCCAUCCACAGCUCCUCACCAAUCACCAUCCCCGUGUUUAAUUACCAGAUUUAUUCCCACCCCCAACCCUCGUCUGGAUUAGCCUGGCUCCCGCACUAAGCUUUGUGAGCCGAUCACACCCAUCCUUCACCGGCUUCCCAUCCCCCAGAGGAUCGAGUUCAAGAUCUUUCUGGUCACCUCCACUCUAAUCCUCCCUACCUCUGUGACCUAUCACCAACUUGUUGACUCCCUCCUCUCGACGGGCACUGCUCUGCCCAC